UUUUCUAAAUAUUUUUUAAAAAAAAUCCAGAAAUUUAAAAAAAGUAGCCAAAAUGUCAGUUUUUUUUAGUGACAGCAAGUAUUUUCCAAAAUGUGCCUUAAUCUUAUUAUUAUCAUUCUUCUUUCAUAUAUUAGGUGAGAUUACGGUUCCAGGAGAAAACGACGCAUUUUGGUACGACAAGGCUUACAAAAGUAUUCAGCGAGCAGAAAUAUUGCGAGGGACACGAUGCGGAAAAGAAAAAUUAUGGCAUAAUUUUAAUUAUAAGGCAAUGGCCAAAAAUGUCAUAUUAUUCGUGGGUGAUGGUAUGGGAAUGACUACCAUAGCCGCUUCUCGUAUACUGAAAGGUCAAAAGAUAAAUAAGACUGGAGAAGAGACUUACUUGAUAUGGGAAAAUUUUCCCAACGUCGCCUUUUCCAGGACUUACAACACUGAUCACCAAGUAUCAGAUUCAGCCGGCACUGCUACAGCUAUUCUUUGCGGAGUUAAAACAAAGAUGAGGGUCAUUGGCAUAAAUGAUUCUUGCACGGUUAGACAAUGUGAUUCGGUUGAGGUUUCAAGGAUUAAAUGUUUAUCGGAUUGGUUCAUCACUCAAGGGAAGUCUGUGGGACUCAUAACCAAUACCCGGAUAACUCAUGCUACUCCUGGUUCACUCUAUGCCAAAUCAGCCGACAGGAAAUUGGAAGGGUACAAAGAUUUUGCAACUUAUAAAGUUAAUAGGACGCCUGAGAUGAUAAAAAAACAAAAUUGCAUGGAUAUUGCUUGGCAAUUAGUUAAUAGAUUUCCAGGGAACGCUUUAAAGGUCCUUAAUAAAGUAAUAAUGGGAGGCGGUUGGAGGAAAUUCUUACUCGAAAACCAAACAUUAAAUGACAUUUACGAUUUGAGCGGUCAUGCUAGGCAAGGAGGUAUGGUAACUGAAGAUGUUCUAGGCGAUAUUGAUAGGUCAGUAAAAAAUAUUUGUCAAGAUCAAGGAGGCUCAGAUAUAAAUAUCAAUUCGGAGAUCUCUAGCAAUAUCAAUUGCACCCCAACAAUGAAUCUACCUCCCCCUCAUUCAACAGAUAAUACGUGUCACGGCUGCGCUGAAACAGGAAAUACUCUUAUAGAUGAAUCGGGGCGGGAAAGGAGAUCGCUUUUCAAGCCUGACAUAGAGAAUACGGGGAAAAUGGCUGGCGAAAGGUUUAUAUUACAGUGUAGGAAGGAUACCAAUUUGAUAAAAGAUUGGAUCAAUUUGAGGAAAUCUAAAGGUGAUAAGUAUAGAUUUGUGGCUGAUAAAUUUCAAUUGAAUGCCGUUUCCGUCCGAGAUACCGAUUACUUGAUGGGCUUAUUUGCCCAUGACCAUUUAACUUACGGAUUGAAGAGAGCUCCAGGAAAUGGAGACAAAGAGCCCACUUUAGCAGAAAUGGUUAUGAAAGCAAUGGACGUGUUGGAAAAUGAUCCCAAUGGUUAUUUUUUGCUUGUAGAAGGAGGAAAGAUAGAUAUAGCUCAUCAUGAAGGGAAAGCUAGAUUGGCAUUAGAAGAAACAGUUUUGUUGGAUGUAGUAGUAGAGAAAGUAUACGCCAGAAUAGCAAAAGAUGAUCAAGAUGCCCCCAACGAGACACUUCUAAUAGUGACCGCUGAUCAUUCACACGUGUUCAAUUUAGGAGGUUAUCCAGUUAGAGGAAACCCCAUAUUCGGAUUCAACAGGGAAUAUCCUGAAAAGCCUUACGAUCUGUCGAAUGUUGAUAAUCUACCUUAUACUUCUCUAGUUUAUGGAAACGGUCCGGGUGGAGUUGACCCUAAAAAGAUGAAGCACAGAGAGGAUUUAACGAACGUGGAUACAGCCGAUCCAGAUUACUUAGCUCAAGCCGCUGUCCCCUUGAUACAAGAAACGCAUGGGGGAGAAGAUGUUCCUAUAUAUGCCACAGGUCCAGGAAGCCACUUAGUCUAUGGAGUGCAAGAACAAAAUUAUAUCGCUCAUUUAAUAGGUUACAGCAGCUGUGUUGGGCCUUACGCUAACGAAAGAUGUAGGAAAUGCUAAAACCUCCCUCAAAAAUUCUGACUCUUUAAUUCUAAUAACACAUUAAAUUUACAAAUUAACACCCCCCCCCCUAUCCUCCUUCAAGAAAAAAAUAACAAGUAAAUUAUUUCUUUAGACCUAAUUUUUAUGAUAAAUUUUAUGCUUCAUUUCUUUUAUAUAACUUAUCUCAUCUCAUUUUAUUAAUUAUUGCAUUUUAACCUUUCAAAUAAUACUUAAUAUCGAAAUAGUAACUCAUAUUUUCUUAUCUUUACCUUCGAUAGAAGUUUUAGUUUUUUUUAAUGCAGCCCAUCAGAAAUAUUAUAUUUUAAUAUUGUGAUUUUUUCAUGUAUGGGUUUGAAUUUUGAUUUGAAACCCAUUCCAACGAUUCAUAUUAUAAAAUUGAAUAUUUUAAUCUUAAUAUUAUUCACCACCUAGCGUAACCACGAAGAUAGAACGUUUAGAGACCAGACACGUACAAAUUUUUCUACCCCCCCCCCCCUCAAAAAAAUUCCCGCAAAUAGUGUUUUUUCGCACUUUUUAAUUAUUUAUCCCAUAACUAUUUUUUUCGUCCGAAAAUUCUUUAUUGAAACUCCUCUCACAAAUAUAUUAAAAUUGGUAGUUAUUUUUCAAAUUAUUCUGGCCAUCAUGACACAUGAGUUAUACAUCAUGUAAAUAUUGUUUUUUGAUAGAAUAUAUUGUAAAUCGUUAUGAACAUGGGUUAA